AUGGCUACCAUCGGGGAACUUGGGAACAGGCCUUGGCUCUCAGACAGAGGAUGCCCUGCGUGCCCGCGCACAGAACUGGAGCUCAUUCCUCGGUGCCAUGAAAGGACAGACUGUUCUGGGACUGAACAUGAGCGGAUGGAGAGGCGUCCAUGCACAGCGCCCUCACUGGAACACCGUCCAAGCGUCAUUGUACGAGGCCUCCCUAGUGCUGAAGAACGGGUUCCAUAUGUGCUGAAGAGCUGUGCUGAAUUCAUAGAGACUCAUGGCAUUGUGGAUGGAAUCUAUCGCCUCUCGGGUGUCACCUCAAACAUUCAGCGGCUAAGGCAGGAGUUUGGCUCAGAUCAAUGCCCAGAUCUGACAAGGGAAGUGUACCUUCAAGAUAUCCACUGCGUGGGCUCCCUGUGCAAGCUCUACUUCAGGGAGCUGCCCAACCCCCUCCUGACCUAUGAGCUCUAUGAGAAAUUCACGGAAGCAGUGUCUCAUUGCCCGGAAGAAGGCCAGCUGGCCCGAAUCCAGAAUGUUAUCCAGGAGCUCCCCCCACCCCAUUAUAGGACCUUGGAAUACCUGAUCCGACACCUGGCCCACAUCGCCUCAUUCAGCAGCAAGACCAACAUGCAUGCCAGGAACCUGGCCCUGGUGUGGGCCCCAAACCUCCUCAGGAGUAAAAAAAUCGAAGCCACUAUUUGCAAUGGAGAUGCGGCGUUUUUAGCGGUCCGGGUCCAGCAGGUGGUGAUUGAGUUCAUAUUGAAUCAUGCUGAUCAAAUCUUCAACGGUGCCGCUCCAGGGGCUCUGCAGCAGGAUGAAAGCCGCACUAUCACAAAGAGCAUGACCUUGCCGGCCCUGUCCCUGCCCAUGAAGCUGGUAAGCCUGGAGGAGGCUCAGGCCCGAAGCUUGGCGACAAACCAUCCUGCUCGGAAGGAGAGACGGGAGAACAGCCUGCCCGAGAUCGUCCCUCCCAUGGGCACCCACUUCCACACAGUCCUUGAGUUACCGGACAACAAGAGAAAGCUUUCCAGCAAAUCAAAGAAGUGGAAAUCAAUAUUUAACCUGGGGCGUUCUGGAUCGGAUUCAAAAUCCAAGCUGAGCAGAAAUGGGAGUGUGUUCGUGAGAGGCCAGAGGCUGUCGGUGGAAAAGGCUACUAUCCGACCAGCUAAAAGCAUGGACUCCCUGUGUUCGGUGCCUGUGGAAGGGAAAGAAAACAAAGGAAAUUUCAAUCGAACAGUCACCACUGGGGGAUUUUUUAUUCCAGCCACAAAAAUGCACGCGAGCAGCACCGGCAGCUCCUGUGACCUCAGCAAGGAGAGUGAAUGGGGUCAGGAGGGGAUGCCAGCCGGGGCUGAGGGGGGCUGCGAGGUGGGCGGUCAGAUCCGGCCCCUGCCGGAGCAGCUGAAGGUGUUCCGCCCCAUCGGAGACCCUGAGAGCGAGCAGUCCGCCCCAAAGCUUCUGGGGAUGUUCUACACCUCCAGCGACAGUCCGGGCAAAUCCGUCUUCACAAGCAGCCUGUUCCAGAUGGAACCCUCACCCCGCCACCAGCGAAAGGCGCUCAACAUCUCAGAGCCCUUCGCGGUGUCUGUGCCACUCCGUGUAUCCGCCGUCAUCAGUACCAACAGCACCCCGUGCAGGACGCCCCCCAAAGAGCUACAGUCUCUCUCCAGCCUCGAAGAGUUUUCUUUCCAAGGUUCAGAGAGUGGAGGAUGGCCAGAAGAAGAAAAGCCCCUGGGAGCUGAACCUUUUCCAGGUUCUGUUACUAAGAAGGCAGCUACAGAGGACACCAAGCCAGAACCUGAAGCCCCGGGGAGAGCAGAGUGUAGCCAAAGCCCUUCCCUGGACCCAGGUACCCAAGUGGAGGAGAAAACCUUGGAUACAUCCCUGGCUUCUCAACUGUCAAAGGAAGCAGAGAAGCAGCCAGAUGGAGAGAAGGUGGUGGAAGAGAGCCAGGGUGCUAGCCAGCUGAAGCCCAGCACUCCACAAGAGAGCCUCAGAACUGGAACUGAACCAAUGCUUCUCCAUGAGAUGGAUGAAGAUGACCUGGCUCAGGCCUUGAUCUGGCCUGAGAUUCAACAGGAACUGAAAAUCGUGGAAUCAGAGGAGGAGUUCUCAUCAUUGCCACCCCCUACUCAGAAGACAAGCCCGAUUACUGAGUCAAGUCCAGCCCCAUUUUCCUUCCCAGAGGCCCCUGGGAGCUUGCCUAGUAGCUCCGCUCCUCUGGAGGUGUGGACUAGGGACUCAGCCAAUCAGAGCAAAGAGGAGGCUCCCAUCCUCACCAAUAGAGAGAAGCUGGAGCCAGGCUGCAGCCUCCUUGAAUCAGAGUCUGAGCAGGAGUGCAGCCCAGACCCGGCCAGUCUAGCACCCCUGGAAAUACUUUUGUUUGAAAAGGUGUCUUCUUCAGCUAGGAUAGAGAUAGGAGGCCCAAGAAAUCUCUCUCCCCCACUCCCUCCUUCUCCACCUCCUCCAACUCCUCGGGAGGAGGAGCCUCAAGUCUUGCUGUCAAAGGAAUGUCCUGACAGAGAAGAUGCAUCUAGAGAUUCCAGGACAGAUCUCUACACAGAGCCGCCAAACCCCAAAGACGGCCCUGGCAUCCCUCGACUCUGUCAGAGAGAGGAAGCUACUGCAAGCCCAAAUGAGCUGCAAAAUGCAAAGCAUGCUGUUCCCGAGAACAAAGGCCCUGGUCUUCCAAGCCCAACAAAGGAGGUUGAAGUCAUCCCACAAGAAGAGGGAGAUGCUCCCCAUUCAGCACAAGAGCCUUCAGACUGUGACGAAGAUGACACUGUGACAGACACUGCCCAGCAUGGCCUGGAGAUGGUAGAACCCUGGGAGGAGCCCCAGUGGGUGACCAGUCCCCUUCAUUCUCCCACCCUGAAAGAAGUUCAGGAGUCCCAGAUGCAAGGCUCCCAGGGCCACCGAUUAGAGAGGAGACUUCGCCACAGGCCCAGCCUUCGCCAGAGCCAUUCUCUAGAUAGCAAAACCACUGGAAUGAGCCACUGGACUCUUGAGGCUCCCUUCUCCAGCAGCUGUGCCAAUCUUGAAACAGAGAGGAACUAUGAGCCUCUGCAGCCCCCAGCAGCCAGGAUCAAGAGUGCCGGAUUGGAAGAGAGAGCCCUAAAAGCCUUCAGAGAGUUCUCUGGCCUAAAAGGGUUAGAGGUUCUUCCCAGCCAGAAGGCACCAUCUGGUAUACAACCCAAACCAGUAGAAACCAACUUCAUCAGUUUAGCAGAGGGAAAGGAGCAGAGACCACAACUAGAAUUUAGCAACCCUCAGAUUAAAGACAAUGAUGUUCCCGGGCCAGAUAGCAGCAAGGAGAGUUCUAGGGCUCAAGAAAGCACCUCACCUGGGGAACACUCCCUAAAGCUACAGCCAAAGAGCACUGAGUGUGGGCCCUCAAAAGGGAAACACAGGCCUUCUUCCCUCAACCUGGACUCUGCCACUCCCAUCACUGACCUUUUCCGACUUGAGAAUGGGGCUUCCAUUAGUUCACCUGGAAUAGAGCUCUCUGAACUAGGGGACACCAAGGUCACCUGGAUGAGCUCCUCUCACUGUAAAGCAACCCCCUGGAACUCCCAGGACGCUCAGGACCUGGACAUUGUUGCCCAUGCCCUUACAGGCCGUCGGAAUUCAGCUCCUGUGAGCGUGUCAGCUGUGAGAACCUCCUUUAUGGUAAAAAUGUGUCAGGCCAAGGCCGUUCCUGUCAUCCCACCCAAGAUUCAAUACACACAGAUCCCACAGCCCCUGCCCUCUCAGAGCACAGGGGAAGGAGGGUCUCAGCCUCUGGAGAGGAGCCAGGAAGAACCUUGUUCAACCCCUGAGAUCCCUCAGAAACCCACCAAAGAUGAUUCUCUCUCUUCCCUGGGAAGCCCAGAGGAAGAGCAACCAAAGCAAGAGACAGGAGCCUCUGCAUCCCAGAAUACAGCCAGCACUACAUCCUGCAUGUAUGAGGGGUCCUUCUGCUCUCCGGAACCAGGUGCAUCCACUGUGGUCUCCACACAGGAUGCAAUGGUGCAAUGCAGAAAACGCACAUCAGAGACAGAGCCAUCAGGAGACAACCUUCUUUCUUCAAAACUGGAGCGAGCAUCUGGGGGUCCUAAACCUUUCCACAGGUCGAGGCCAGGAAGACCUCAGAGCCUAAUCUUAUUCCCCAUCAUGGACCACCUACCUUCCUCACCCACAGUGAUAGAUUCCAAGGUCUUACUGUCCCCUAUCAGAAGCCCUACUCAGACAGUUUCCCCUGGCCUUCUCUGUGGAGAGUUGGCCGAAAACACAUGGGUCACACCAGAAGGGGUUACGCUUAGGAAUAAAAUGACCAUCCCUAAGAAUGGCCAAAGACUAGAGACUUCAACAAGCUGUUUUUACCAGCCCCAGCGGAGAUCUGUGAUUCUGGACGGAAGAAGCAGGAGACAGAUAGAAUGAAAUCAGUUGACCUGCUGCUCUUCUCUGUAAACGUGGCAGGCUCAUCUGGUCCUUACAGGAUCAACUGGCCAUUCUCCAGGCACAAGCUAUCGAAAUUAGGGCUUAUAUUUGCCUCUGACCACCUCCUCUCUCUCCCUCUCUCCCCACCUCUCCUUUGUCUUUGACCACACAUGAGUCUAUUUGCUAGAAGAGCAAUUAAGACAAGGACUGAAGAGUGAGGUUUAAGAACGUCCACAUGAGCAAGUGGGGAAGGGUUAGGCAAGGGAAGAGGAUGGGAUGCUCACCUCUGGUGGAGAAUGGGGUUCAUCUGCGAGUCAGAUUACUCCUCCACUACCCUUAUCCUUUACUGUCGAGAGCUGCCUGUGAUAGUAUCCCUUGAAAGAAAGAAAAAAAAUUUUUUGCCUGAGUCAGAAAAAUCUUCCUGUUUUGAUUGAAGGCUUCUUUGUGCUUUUUUAAAUGCUCUUUAAAGCAUGUGUUCUUUUGGAACAGUUUUUAAUAAGCUUUGUAAAAGUGUAUUUACUCCCUCUCAAAUAGAAGCAGAUCUGAAAAUGCAAACUAACAUGCACGUAAGAUCUCCAGGUGGGGGAACUUCCUUGUGCUCUUUCCCUGGGAUUGCUGCAGACCUGUCCAAGGUGAUCCAUGAAUCAGCAUAGAAAGUCAGAAUCUGUACUCAAGAGCCAAGCCCCAGACUGGUCCCACCUACAAAUGCUUCUUGGUGUUGGCUUUAUUGUGACUCCACCUGCCACCGUGCUGAACUCUGAUUAACAAGUAGCUAGGCAGACUGAGUACUAAGCUGAGGGCUAUGAGACAUACAGGUAUGCAGGGAUGGUGUGUCUGCUUUCUUUAUAGUACCAGAAUCCAAGUGCCACAUGUCAUACAGGAAGGCACAACUUCAUUACAGACCUGAUGUGUUUCAGUUGGUGAGGCAUUAGGAGAAGGAACGCUCUAGCUCUCCAGCACUAGCUUGGGCCCAGCAGGGUGGGGAAAGGGGCGAGGAAGAGUCUGUCACUGUCCUCAGAAAUACACUGCCUUUAGCCAGUGGCUCCCUCCCUUCCUCUUUCCUUCACCGUUGCUCAAGGGCAGAUUUGAGACACCUCUGUCUUCAUUCCCCAUAUCUACCAUCAACUCAGGUGCUCAAACUCGUGCUGACUCUUGUUUGGACACAAGCAGAUGCAAUAAACCAGUCUGAUGUCCUUUACACCUACUGGAAAGCUUCUGGUGCUUCUCCCACAAAGGCUUAAUGGGGCACUUCUCAGAUUCCAGCAUGGCUGAACUGUGUCCAGAAGCUCAGUCAUUGCACAAGUUUCUCUAAAGACUAACAGUAUCUCUGGGCUGACCCCACAAAGCCAGGACUGGACUGGGUGAGGGGCUAAGCCGAAGUCAUCUCCAGUGGGAAUGUAGACGCUGACACUCUAUUGCAGAUCUCAUGGUCUCUUUUCCUUCCCUGAUAAACCUUAAGGAUUUGAAAUCUUGCCCUUGGUUUUGUUUGUUUGUUUGUUUGUUUGUUUUGUUUUUUGUUUUUAAGCCACUACCUGGGGCAAGGAUACCUAAAGUCAACUAAUGAGAGUGACCCCACAUGAGGAGCAAGGGGAACAGUUAAUAGGCCUUCAGUCUUUGCUUUCUCAUUAGGCGAGGAAAGCACUGAACCAACAAAAACUGAGAUGUCAACCAACAAGAAGUCUUAGGAUACAGCAUUUCUCCCUAGUCACGAAAGGUGAAGAAAUAUGGUGUCGAGAGAUGAAAGUGGCCAUGUUCUGGAGAUCUGAAAAGUGCAUUCCUGCCUUAUCAAGAAAUAUGGUGGCAAGCUUGGCGCCAGGCUCAGUGGACUUGUAUGCUUUGAUAAAGACUUGCACCAGUUAGAAUGUGAAAGGGAAAGAGCCAAGUACCAAAGGAAACACGGAGACUACUUAAUGAUUGUUCUGUUUCCUAAUACUUCUAGGAUGUAUUUUUAUUGGCAGCAAGAUAGAGAAGCGAUGAUUUACACACUGACAGGUGACUUAAAUUCUGAGGGCUGAUUUCAAAAUGACUGCCAUGUUCCCUUAGAUACCAUUUGUUUAUGACAUCAUCUGCAGGAGAGCAGACAUGUGGGUGUGACCAUGACCCGCUGUCACUUGUUUGGAAAUAUUCCUUACUUUGGUUUUUUCACCCAAUUGGUUCCUGAAGAGCUUGGACUCUUCACCAUCUCAGUGCCCUGCCUCUCCAGUGUGGUACUCUGUCAACUGUCACAAACAUGGUUGUAAACUUUGUCGGCUGGGUGAGCCUGGCACUCAGAAAAUGCCAUUUCAUGAAAAGACAUUGUUCCUCAAAAUGCAGGGGUCACCCCUUGGGCACCACUUGGGGUUCUCAUAUCCUCCCCUAAGAAUGGUCAAGUGAGAAUCACUCUGCUUGCUUCCAUCCAGGGUCAGGGAGAAGUACCACUGUUGUCAGGACCUGCUGAUGUGCCAAAAAGAGCCGUAGAGCUGUCUCCAGAGCAACCGCCAUUCCACAAAACGAGUAGCUCACUUCAAAGACUAAAGUUCAAAUGAAAUGUGUACACGUACACUUUUUUGGCACAUUGUCUUUAAGAUAAUAAUCCAUAUUUAUUUACAAAAUAGUCAUUCCAGACUAUUUUUUUUCCUUUUUGCCAAAAUGGACUGGAGAAAGAACAUUUGGUUUUUAUUCUCUACUCUUGGAAUAUAAAAAGACCUAAUCAAGACCAAGACCUUGCUAUAAAAUACUAGCUUAAUCCAAGCCUUAAAAUUCAAAAUAUUGCCCAAGUUCAAUUUCUGGAUUCUGGAGACACUAAAAAUGAAUAUAUCAGCAUCCUCACUUGCCCAAAGCUUGGUAAACAGGGCACUGUGUACCUUAACACUCCCACACUGUGGUCUAACAAAGAGAAAGGGGACAAAUCAAGCAGCCUGAAACAACCGGAGCAGGGUGAGAACCACCAUUAGACACCAAGCAAAGGCAGAAAGGAGCAGCUAGCACCUUCACUAGGACUGUUGACAGUAUUCAAAUGACCUACUAAUAAAUAUUCUAAUUAAGCAGAAUUGCAAAUCCAAUAAAAUAUAUCAGUGAGA